AUGAUCAGAAUUGCAGCUCUCAGAACACCAUUGAAGGGAUUGCGAUGCUUUUCAACGGUAUCGGUGAGACUCAAUGCAAAAGAUAUUGGUAAACCUCCUCGUUUACCUGAAGUGAAGGCCGAGCCAUUAGUGCCUACCCCUCCUAGUAUCAAUCCGAUUAAAACCGAAGUUGUUCCUCCUCCACCACCUCCACCACCAAUGAAGAAGGCAAAGAGAUUUUCUUUGUUUGGAUUUCUUUUCAAGACGUCCCUUUUAGCAGUAUUUGUUUACGGAGGAACAAUGUACCUUGCUACCAAGAAUGAUGAUGUGAUGGAUUUCGUUGUGGACCAUCAAAUCCCAUACCACGAAGAGACAAUUGACUUCAUUGAGAAUGGUUCUUUUGACGAUUUGGAAGAGCUCUGGUACAGCAUUAAAGGUAAAUUUACUGAGGUAAAGUUACCAUCAAAGGGCGAUAUUGAGCAUUUUACAACUGAAUUGGAACAUAAGGGGGAAGACUUUAUCAAGGAAACAAAAAAGAAAAUUACAGGUGCUGAUGAUGAAAGGAGAGGAACUGACUUGACCCCCGUGGAGCAAUUACAAAAACCAGUUGAGGUCGAAAGUAUCACAAGAGAUGUCGCUAGAUUGCCCUUGAUUGAACUUAAAUCCGACAUCGACAGCUCAGUAGACAAAUCCGUCAAACAGACCAUAUCGUCGUUGAAUGAUUUGAUACAAUCAAUUGAUGCUAGCUCUUUGUCAAAGACAAACUCUGGCCUUGUAAAAUCAAUUGACUCAAGCAUCAACCAAUUGGCCAACAAGUUGAAUGUCUUGACCAGAGAAUUUGACAAUGAAUUGCAAAACAAGUUGAAGGUUUCUCAAACUGAGCUACUCUCGUCGUUCACCAAGAAGGAAUUAGAGUUGACGGAGAAUUUGAUCUACCAAUUCAACCAAGAAAAGACUCAGUUGGAGAAGAGGUUGAAUCAAAGAUUGGAGCAUGAGAUUAAGGCAGCCAGAGAAGCAAUUAGUCAAGCAGCUACAAAUGCUGUUUCCAUGGUCAGAAUCGAGCAAACCAAGAACUUUGAAGCAUUGGUUACUGACAGAAUCAACGAGGAAAGAGAAGGUAGGUUGGCCAACUUGGAUAAAUUGAAUGACAAGAUUAACGAAUUGGAAAAGUUUGCCGAGAGUUUUGAACGUCAAAUCUCCAACAAUCAUAAAAAGAAUUUGAUACAGCAAUCAGUCAAUAAGUUGAAAUUGUUGUUGUUGACUCCACCUGAAGCAUCUGAUAAGCCAAAGAGCAUCGACCCAUACAUCAAGGCCUUGAAAGAGGUUUCAACUGAUGAUGAAGUGUUGAACUUGGCUCUCAAAGACUUGGACUUGUUACUUGCUAAAGAGUCUACCCACUCCUUGUUGACCAACUCUCAGUUGUUAACCCGUUGGGAACAAUUAGAGCCAGACUUGAGAUCUAGUUCCUUGUUGCCACCAAAUGCUGGUUUGUUAGGUCAUUUAUCAUCAGUGAUCUUCUCAAAGCUCUUGUUACCAGUUAAAGGAGUCAAGGAAGACGGUAAAGACAUUGAAUCGGUCAUUGGAAGAGUUGAGUCAAGCUUGGCUAGAGGACAGUUGGAUGUCGCAGUUGAGGAAGCGGCCAAUUUGAAAGGAUGGAGUAGGAGAUUGGCAAAUGAUUGGGUCUUACAAGCUCGUAAAAGACUUGAAGUUGAGUUUUUGAUCAAUUUGAUCGAAACUGAAUCGAGACUUUUGUAA